CACAGUGCUACGCAAGGCAGCGUUCCGCACAAAUCUCACCACGUUCCGAUGGAGUGGGGUUUGCAUGUCUGUUUCGAGGGAUUGAGUCAAAACAAGCUCUGAAAAAAACGGGGCUCAGUUUCCCUAAUGUCCUCCUUCAAAUUAAUUAGUGAUGAGAGUGGCUGAUGCUCUGAGUGUAUUUCAGUGAGGGAUAAAGGACGACAGUUUUAGGCUCUUGUAGUCAGCUGCUGGUGUAAAAGUGCAAUCCGUUGGUUCAUCUGUGACUGAACUCGAGCCAGACCGAUGACUCUCGGAGAUUCCAUCACUAUCGCCGACCUCAUGCAAGGAAUUGGGACGCAGGUUGAAUGAUCUGUGAUUGCAUUCUGAAAUACAAUUCCUUCUUGCUUUUGGAUAAAUCAUGUGCUCUGGACUGGCUGUGAUUUCUCCUCCUCAUGCUCGAUGGCAGACGAAGACAGCCGCUCUGUUCAUGUGAGCUUUGAUCACAAAGAGAUGGCUCUGAUCCACAGCUAAACCUGAUCCACUGCUCUCCUGUCUCUCUGACCAUCCCCUCUCCUCUAUUUUUCUCUUCACGUCAACCUCCCUCACCAUGGCCUGCUUGUUGGUGUCAGUGUUCCUCCUGGUUCUCCAGACUUAUGCUGCCCCAUCGGAGUUUGUUCAGAGUCUGGAUCUGGGCCCUGGACUCACUGCCAAUGUCACUCUGUCUCCACCCCCGGGGACUAGCAAACAUGCCCCCCACAGCAUCAUCAUUGGGGUGCGCAAGGGGGGGACACGCGCCCUGCUGGAGAUGCUAGAUAUCCACCCUGAGGUCGCUGCCGCCGCCACAGAGGUGCACUUCUUCGACUGGGACGAGAACUACGCCAAGGGCUUUGACUGGUACCGUGAGCUGAUGCCCUAUUCCUACCCGCACCAGAUCACAGUGGAGAAGACGCCAGGCUAUUUCACCUCUUCCCUGGCGCCAGAGCGCAUCCGUGCCAUGAACUCCUCCAUCAAGCUGCUGCUGAUCCUGCGGGACCCAACUGAACGCGUCGUCUCAGACUACACCCAGGUCUACUUCAACCGCCUGGAGAACCACAAGCCAGUGCAGGCCAUUGAGAAUCUGCUGGUGCGCAGCGGAGCUCUCAACACCCGCUACAAGGCCAUCCAGCGUAGCUUCUACGACGUGCAUAUGCGGAACUGGCUGCGCCACUUCCCUCUGGAGCAGAUCCACAUCGUUGAUGGGGACACUUUGAUCCGGGACCCCCUUCCCGAGCUGCAGAAAGUAGAGCGUUUCCUCAACCUGCCCCCCAGGAUAAUGUCGUCCAACUUCUACUUCAACCAGACCAAGGGGUUCUUCUGCAUCCGGAGUGAGGGGCGAGAACGCUGCCUGCACGAGUCCAAAGGGCGUCCCCACCCGGCCGUCAACAGUACCGUGCUGCAACAGCUACGCUCCUACCUCCGGGAGCACAAUCGUAACUUCUACCGCCUGGUGAAGCGCUCCUUUGACUGGCAGUAAAGGCAGGGCACCCCUCUUCCUAUGUGGACUAGUUCCUCCUGGCCCACAGAAGACUUAGGAACCAUUGCCCUGUUUAAGGACUGACUGACUAGUAUUAAAGGGGCAAAAGCACUUUACGAACUCUGACACCCAAACACUCCUGUCAAUCGCCUUUUACUCUGCUCUGGUGUCAGCAGCGCAGUUCCACAUUUACAAAAUAAAGCAAGAACUUAAAAUAUAAGCUAACGUGGAAAAAUCGGCAAUCUUGAUAAGUCAUUCUCUGUACUGUACCGAACAAAAGUGACGCAGAUUGUGGCAAAACAAUUUUGUGAACCUGAUGGAUUUUUUUCUGCUUUGUUUGAUAUUCUUGUACUUGAUAAUAAAUUGUUCUGCUUUAAAAAUGUA